AUGAAGACACAAACCAAAAGCCCGGCGCUGUCAAAGGCGUCGGCACUUCUCCUUCUCUCCGCACUACCCUCCUUCGCCUCAGCCCUUUACAUCCAAGUAUCACCAGCAGAACUCUUCGGCCGCCAGGACUCAACAUGCGGCGACUCAUCAUACACACAAUGUUCUCAGGCCGGCCUUCCUGAUGACUUCUGCUGCCCUGCGGACCAAGUAUGUAUUGCCCUCGCUGGGCAGACGACGGCGCUCUGCUGUCCCGACGCCAACGACUGCAACGCUAUCAAACCUAUCCCCUGCGACAUCAGUCUGCAGGACAAAACCCUACAUCCGGAGAACGUGGUGAUGACCAACGCGUUGACGGGGACGCUUCCAAAAUGUAACGGUCUGUGCUGUCCUUUUGGCUACUCUUGCGACGGCACAAACUGCGUCAUCAACCAAGACCAGAACGCCAAGCCAUUCACAACCGGAGCGCAGUCAUCAACCGCGACGGCGCCAUCUACGGCCAAGAGCAGCGAGACUGUUGGUGUGACCACCGCAUCGCAACAAUCGGCAUCUGCCACAGCCUCUGCAACCUCAUCUGGCUCUAGUGAGGCUUCUGCAACGGGGACGGAAUCUGAAUCAUCUUCGUCGACGGCCUCGUCCGCAGCCGCCGCUUCGGAAUCCGGGAGCUCCAGCAGUUCGAAUGGACCAUCAGCUGGCCUGGUAGCCGGAGGUGUCGUGGGCGGCAUCGCCGCUGCGGUCUUCCUGGGAAUGCUGGUGUGGUUCUUUAUCAAGAGGGAAGCCAAGCGCAAGAACGAGGCCAAGACAGAGCUCCCGCGAUCAUCGCGGUCGUCCUCCUUCGGCAACAUCAUCAACAACCCCAUGACCAACUCUCUGCGGGAAGGAUGCCCCGUUAUCUCGAAACCUAUUGUGGACGAGGGUGCGAUGAGGAGCGACUUUGGGCGUAAAGUCAGCCCGCAGGCCGGGUCAUUCCAGGACGCGGAAGACGACUAUGAGAAGGAAUUCGGCAUGAGUGGCGACCGGCCCGUGAGCGAGGUGGACAUGAGCGGCCUACACUCGGUGCCUCACUCGCCCCCGAGGAUAACAACCCCGAGGGCAGUGAGUUCGAUGUAUGCCGUCCACGACUACAUGGACCCGCACAACAGCGCGUAUCAGGCACCGCUCAAGAUGCCGUCGGCGCGGCAGUUCGGCGGCCAAGAUAACAGGGUCAGCGUCGGCGCUGAAGGCCGGGAUGCCUUGGGUUCGCCGAUAUCUGACUACGGCGGUCAGAGGGUCACACGAGAUCCGAACGGCGCAUACAUAGAUGUUUUCGCCGAUUCGAACGUGCCUCUUACACCCCCACAGACGUACGCGGGCGAUAGAAUGACUUCCUUCACGGACAUAAUGGACGAGUCUCAGGGUAGGAGGAGGUAA